AUGAAACCAACAUAUAAGGAAAAAUAUAUCAGAGUCAUUCUGUUAGUGCGAUUCAAAUGUUUUGCAUGUAUUUGUAAUAAAUAUAGUAGAACAAUCGGUUAUGAAUAUAAUUUACCAAUAUGUGAAAGAUGUCAACCUGGUACAAUUUUAACUUCUGAUAAGAAAAGUUGUAUACCAUGUGGAAAAGAUGAUAAUUUUACCUGCAGUUGUAAAACAAAUGAAAUAAAAGUUGAAAGAGAUACAAAUGCAGAUUUGCUGGAAACUUUAAAAUGCAUUCAAUGUUCUAAUAAUAGUUAUCCAUCAAAAGAUGGAUUAAAAUGUAUUACUUGUCACAAUGUUGCUCUAAAUAAUAAUAGUAUUUGUGCGUGCCCAAUUGUCAGUCAUAUAAGAAUAGACGAUUAUUGUUUUCGAAAAAAUGACAUUGAUUUUUUCAAUGUUCGUGACACAUAUUCGAUACAAUUUUUAAAUGAAAACAUAGACAGUUAUUACUUUAGAAAGGAGCUAAGAUUAUCAACAUAUUUGUGUAAGGAUGGGGAUAAAAUAGCGUGUGAGCGCCUAUCCAACAUGUGUGCUUUAACACUUUCUGAAACAAGUAUACCAUGUAAAUUAUCCCAAUCCAAGCAAGAUCUUCGUUCAGGUUUAUGGAUGUUUUAUGAAGAGAGUGGAUAUCCAAUGAUUGUAAAUAAUAAAAUAAUUCCUGUAAAGUAUACUCUCAAUAAAAAUGACUUGAACAAUCAUUUAAACUUUACAAUGGCCACAUUUACACGUAAUGGAAAUUUAAAAUACAUAGAUAACCCAAGCAUUUUCUGCACAUUUUUUAACGAUAUUAGAUUUGGAAUAAACAUUAAUAAACAAUGUCGCAUCUAUGCCAAGGAAUUGACCAUUAGAGAAAUGAAUUUUUAUGUACCAUAUUUACAAUACAGUGAGAAUGGACAAGUAUUUUUAAGCGCUUUACCUGUCUUUAUUAAAAAUAAAGUUUGGCAACCAUUGAAAAAAAUUUUUCUUAUCGAUAACAUUUCAAGUUAUAAGGCAAUAUCUAAUUUAGUAGAUGAUAGUUUUAAAAGGGAGGAUGAAUUUUCCAUACUUCGAUACAUGAAAUCAAUAAAAAUUUUGAUUACAGUACAAAAUGAUAGAGAAGGAGGACACAUUUAUCUUCCAUUGAUAAUUAUUGAAUAUGAUGAAUUAAAGAAACAGGAUAUUCAAGAUAAUAAACAAAUCACAGUAGAUUACAAAGUAAUUUUUAUUUCAACCAAUAAGAAUAUAGAUAAUACUAUUGAAAUAGCAAUCGGAGUCUUAGCAGGCUUUGCAAUAAUAUAUUCAUCAUUGAAAGCUUGGAGCUAUUGCAAAAGAAAUUUCAAUGGUAUUUUAAAUAUUGGAGUGAUCAUAUGGUUUCUUAUAUAUUGCUUAGGUGCAGUUGGGAAUAUAUUACUAUUAGUAACAACUUCUUUUUGUAUUUAUACUUUCAUUUUUUAUAAAGGGCAAACAGUUUUGCAUAUUUUAUUACCUACUGAUAAUACUGAAUCAAAGAUAUAUUUAUGUACAAUAAUAGCAUUUUGUUUUAAGAUAGUGGAGAUUAUGGCGUUCAUCUAUCGACAUCGUAAUAUUAACGUCUUCUUCAUGGAUUGGGAGCAGCCCCACACAAUACACAAUCAGACACGAUACGAUUCACCACACACAUCACUAAAGAAACUUUAUGGCAGUAGAUUUGAACACGACGAUUCAUCGACGAUAAUGAAAAGUUAUCUAGACUAUCCGAACGAGGACGGCAGUGUUGACAAUCUACAACACUUACCAAUCAGUAUCUGGAGAACGUACUUUGUGGCUAACGAGUGGUUUAAAAUACAAACUAAACGUAGAAUCAAUAUCGCUUUCCAGAUCAUAUUUACUCUUCUUAUGUUGGAGAUCAUAGGGUUAAAAUAUUGGGCUCAAACAACACCAGAAUUACAGACUAAUGAAAAUAAAAAACAAUCUUUUAAUGAAAAAAAUUUUACACUGAGAUUUGGGGUAGGAGCCUUAGUCUAUAUUUUUUGCUACUGUUUACAAUGGAUUAUUUCAAUCACAUUUUAUGAAAGAUAUAUUAAAAAUAGAAUGCAGCAUUUUGUAGAUUUAUGUUCUGUAGCAAAUAUAAGUAUCUUUAUCUUUGCAUAUGAUUAUUAUGGAUACUAUAUUCAUGGAAGAUCAGUUCAUGGAUAUGCCGAUACAGAUUUAGUAACUUUGAUUAAUGAUUUAAAAAGAGAGGAAAAUAAUCUUUGUGCUCAUAGAGGUUUAAUUCCAGGUACAACGAAUCAAACUUUUAUAACAUCAUUAUCUUCACGUUUUCGAGAAAUUUAUCAUAAAUUACUUGAUUUACAAAAUAUGAGAGAGGACAGAUUUUUUAAACGCGAAACUGUAGGAUCCUUAAAUUGGGAAAAAAUUACAAACUCAUUUGAAGAUAAAAAAAUUUUUGACAGCAUUUAUAGAUCAUUGUUUUAAGGAUUUGGAUUAUGUUAUAAAAAACAGACUUUUUCUAGAAAAACUCUGUGAUAUAGAGAUUGAAACAAAUGAUAAUCAAUCAACAUUUUAUAUAG